GUGGCGGCGGGAGGGGCGAAGCGGGGCGAGGCCGAGCGGAGCCCCCCCCGCCCCCCGCGUCCCGCCGAGGCCCGCGCGUGUCCAUGGAAGGCGGAAACGGCGGCGGGGCGCGUGAGGUCGCGCAGGGGGGCGGUCGCCGGCGCCAUGUCCGGGGGCUUCGAGCUGCGGCCGCGCGACGGCGGCCCCCGGGUGGCCCUGGCGCCCGGCGAGACGGUGAUCGGCCGCGGGCCGCUGCUGCGAAUAACAGACAAGAGAGUGUCCAGAAGACAUGCCAUUCUUGAGGUGGUCGGUGGUCAGCUUCGAAUCAAACCGAUACACACAAAUCCAUGUUUUUAUCAGUCUUCCGAGAAGAGCCAGCUCUUACCAUUGAAGAAAAAUCUAUGGCGCUGGUUGAGUCCUGGAGACAGUUUUUCUUUGCUAAUCGACAAGUACAUUUUCUGUGUUUUCUCUACACACUCUGAAACAGAAAUGGAAUGUACUUUAAGGAAUAGUCAGAUGCUUGAUGAAGAUAAUAUACUGAGUGGUACAUCAGAAUCUUUCUCGGCUCACUCACCUGAUGAGACAACGGGUGCCCCACAGCUGGAAAGAAGCACAGAAGUAGCUGAGACCCAAACUACUACUGCAAAUAGUGAGUGUUUCCUAGGUGAGCAUAGAGAGCUCAGUAAGCAACAGUCAAACCCUGCCGAGAGGAGAAGAAUCCUUCCAGCAUGGAUGUUAACGGAAGAUCCAAGUGAUCAGAACCUUUCAGCGCCAGUCAGCAGCGAGGAUAAUACUGUAAUCCAGGGAAGUAGAAAAGAAGGAAUCUGCAAAGAUAAAACUCAAGUAAACAUAACACAGCAAGGAGGAAGAAAGCGAUUCAUUUCAUCAGAAAGUACAUCAGCAGAGCAAGACAUGGGGAAAAAGUACAAAAAUGCUGAUCAAGAAGAGUCUAUCAUUUCAUCCAAGGAAAUGCUGCGAUCAUGUUCUGUGAUCACGUCACGUAAUGCAGAAGUGAAUGAUAUGAGGGCUAGUACACAGAGAAAUGAAAUCCCAGUAGAGGAGCUUGGUAGGGUUCCUGAACGUAGAAGUAUUGUGAAAGGAAGGCGAAGUAAAGAAGGCGAGGUGAUGAGCUGUUCUGAGAGUCCCUUGAGUGCCCAGGGCAAGUCCUCCCAGGAGGAGUCUCCAGCAUCUCCUGAGUCCAGCUCUGACCCCUCCAAUCCUGAAACGUUGAGUGCAAAGACAACUGAUUCAGCUGCACAAGGUUCUGAAGAAAACAAGAUCAAGAGGACAUCCUGCAUGUAUGGGGCAAAGUGCUACAGGAAGAAUCCUGUCCACUUUCAACACUUCAGUCACCCUGGUGAUGGUGAUUAUGGAGGUGUACAAGUCAUGUGUCAAGAGGAGGCUGACGACCGGCCGGAAUGUCCCUAUGGAGCAUCUUGUUACAGGAAGAAUCCCCAGCACAAGAUAGAAUACAGACAUAGUACACUUCCAGUGAGAAGCAUGUCAGAUGAAGACGGAGAUAACGGUGGGCAGCCCAGUGAGUGCGGCCUCAACGACAGCUUUGUUGGUGAUGAGGAAGAGGACUAUGAACCCACAGAUGAAGAUUCUGACUGGGAACCAGAACAAGAAGACCAGGAGCAGGAAGAUGUAGAGGAGCUUUUAAAGGAAGCAAAAAAGUUCAUGAAAAGGAAAAAGUAACUUUUUUCAGCGAUGAUAUAUGGCUCACAUUUAGUCUUUACGGAAAAAAUUCAGGAACUAAGGAAGCACUUAAGUGACCAUUGUUUUCCUUCUUUUUAUGGUCGUGACUUUGCUAUGGACUCUUCGUGAAGGAAACGCUGAUACGUCGGCCCUCAGUGUAGCGGAUGGAGUUUGUUUUUGUUGCCUUGCUUUUUCUGUCCUGUUUAAAGCAUCUGGAAAGAGGAGGCAGAGAGUUAAAGAGAAAUAAGUGAUAUUUUUCAUAUAUUUUUGUGUUGGGAAUAAACAGAAAGCCAUAAGUCGCACAAAGCUUUGGCCCUGUUCCUUUUUUCCAAAGACCCUCAGUUUGAGUACCGCGAGGCAAGCGGAAGCCGGCCAACCACGGCGCGGGCAGCGGAACUUGCCUCCUUCCUUGCUAUCGAAGCAAUUCUUCAGGCAGAACCAGGCUUUGGAAAAUGACAGCCUGUUAUUUUUCUAGUGCCCUGGAUAUGAGCUUUAUGACCUCAUUCACUACUUUUGUUCUUUGAAACUUGGGGAAAUCAUUAUCAAAUGGCUGCUGAGAAUGUAUUCACCUGGACCGUGGAACUGUCACCAUAUGCCGGGAAUGUUGCCUUGUGCCUCACGUCGGUAAUUUACUCUGUGUCUGAAUUUAAAAGUAGGAAAGUCCAAAGGAUUUGACACUUUAUUUUUUCAAAACUAAAGUCCUGCGUGGUUAUUUUAACUCCCUGUGUUCUGUCUCUACAUUAAAAGAUACAAAAAUUAUUUUUAACCAUAAUUCUCAGAUGACGUUGGUUCUUUUGUCCUCAGAUAAAGGCAGCAAGCUGUCUGCUAGUGUUCAAGAUUCUGGGCUUUUAUUUCAAGAAGAAACCCCUUAUUCUCCAAUUUUAUGAAGUAUAUAUCUCUGUUCUCAAACUACUUUAGGCCCCGUAAUACUCUUCAUUUUAGGUGACUUAGAAUCUUUGAAAUCCAGUUUAGAAUCUUUCAUAGUAGUUGGGUAUGUGAGCGCCGCGGUAGGCAUAGUAUUGACGUCAUAAAUUGCUAUGCUAAGUGUCCUUGCUAAACACUAAUAUUUUCUAAGACAAUCUAGAAAUUUAUAUCUUAAAAGGGCAAGACAGAUUUAUAAUGGUUUUCUCAGUGUUUCUGAAUGUCUUUCAAAGUUAGUUGUGU